AAGCAAGAUAAGAAAAGUUGUUGAUGGCAGUUGUUUGGGGGGUGGUUUGAUGCUUUGCUUCAUUUUAAGGGGAGCAAAGUGGAAGAAACGUUUCAACUUUCAAUUAAACAUAACAGAUACUACAAUUACAUAACUAGCCAACUAAAUAUUAGGAGAAACUAAAGAGUAAACAACACUGGACCUACCAUCUUCAGCUUGUAUUAGCCCACAUUACACUUUGUUCCCAGUCCAAAGUAAUUUGUAGUACCUGUGUAAAGUGAAUAAUCGGAAGAAAUGUUAUCAGCUGUUCUUUGCAGUGUUUUUAUGUGGUGAAUUAUGGUUUUCUUUUAGGAUUAGUUUGAAGAUGGCACCAAAAAAGAAGAAAAACACAAAUGGUUCAAAAUCUAGCAGAAAAAGUCGUUCAGAUACAAGCACUGAUACACAGAAAACCGAUUUUAUCAACUUUGAAAAGAAGCCAAAUCUCAAAAACUUUGGUAAAUAUCGAUCUCUUUUAGAAAAUCCAGAGGAAGCUCAAAGUAUAGACUGUCCCGAGCACAAUGAAUCAGAAAAUAUCGAUUUUGAAGAACUAAUCUCUGUAAGUUGUAUAAAUUCAUCGGGACUGAAAAUGGAUGAUCAAUUUACUGAUCCGGCCAUACAUAUAACUGAGAUACGAGCUAAAGCGGAUGCCGAUUGCCUAGCGACAGAUAUAUCUUCGCAACUGUCUAACUUGGUAGUAACAGGAGACACCAAGCAUGUUGAUCGAGAUGUUGGUGUAAAAUGUGAGAUGGAUGCGACACAAAUAGAGUUGUCUGAUCAUAUUUUUAAUGAUAAUGCGCAAACAUUCACCGGUGAAUGUGUUCCUGCAGAGAUUAUACCUGUAGCUAGUGAACAAGAAGUCGAAUCCGAAGUUGUUAUCGAAUUCGCACCUUCUACGGGCAUCAAGGAUGAAACUUCUGAGAAUAUGAAGUCUGAGAAAAAACCAAAGAGUAAAAGUCGAAGUUCUAAGAGUUCAAAAUCAUCGAGAAGCAGAAGUACUGCACGAAAAAAGUCCUCUUCAACACCGAAACUCGAGUCCAAACCUAAAAAGGAGGCCAGUAGCAAACCUAGAGCGAAGAAGACGGAUAAGGAGUUAAUGGACGUUUUGAUGAGCUUGGAUAAUUCAAUAAGGCGUUCUAGUAGAAUAAAAUCAAUUUGCGAAAAACAGACGCAAAACAAAAACGAAGGUAAGGGUGGAAAAGGCAGCACCGAUUCAGACCUUUCCGAAAACGGUCAAGCCGAUGAUAAUAUACCGACGGAUGGCUCUAAUCCUCCGAAUCCAGUUGUGGAAAGUGAAGCGGAAGUUAAACCUGUGAAGGUGAAGUCACGUUGGCGGCGUUCCAGCGAAUUAGAAAUGGAGGUGGAGGCUGAUAAGGUUUUAAGUAGCGCUGAAGAAAUUAAAGGUAGAUUAAAGCAAUUCAUACAUCUGAAAGAGAAUCAGUAUCUGACCGGAAGGGUCACUUGUAAAGAAGCUAGAAAGAUGGUUUGCGAUUGCAUGUUGACAAAUGAAGAAAUUGAAAAGGGUGAAGUUGGCUGUGGGGAAGAUUGUCUCAAUCGCUUGCUGUUAAUUGAAUGUGGAACGUUGUGCCCUGUGGGAGAUAAAUGCACAAACAAAAGAUUUCAAAAAUCCGCUUUCUCGCCGUGUGAAGUCUUUAGGACAGACAAAAAGGGACUGGGUAUAAGAGCUACUGCGGCGAUACCCUUUGGGGAAUUUAUCCUUGAGUAUGUUGGCGAGGUGAUUGGCCCAGAUGAAUUUGAAGAUCGCGCCACCGAAUACUCCAAAGAUAAAAAUCCGCACUACUAUUUUAUGUCGCUUAGAUCUGAUGCGGUAAUUGACGCCACUCAAAAAGGUAACAUCUCACGGUUCAUCAACCACUCCUGCGAUCCUAACGCUGAAACACAAAAGUGGACUGUUAAUGGAGAGUUGCGUAUAGGCUUCUUCAGUAAGAGAACUAUAAUCGCCGGUGAAGAGAUUACAUUUGACUAUCAAUUUCAACGAUAUGGAAAAGAAGCGCAAAAGUGUUUUUGCGAGUCAAGCUUGUGCAGAGGUUGGCUUGGCGAAGAGCCUGAUGAUGAUGACGAUGAUGACGAGGAAGAAGAAGAGGAGGAAGAGGAAGAUGAGGAAGAAGUAGAGAAGGUGGUGAGGGAAGUUGUCCCAGAGGUGACAAAAGCUGAAGAAGAACAACCACCUUUACCUCCCGAACCGCCUGUCAUUGUUCCUGCUACUGAACCAGUUGUUGAGCUCCCGCCACCUGUGACGCCAACACUGGUACCGGAGCCAAUCAUCAAGGUGGAAACUCCAGAGCCAAUCCCUAGUAAAACCCCUCCGGUUGUUACUCCAGCCGAGAUUCAACUGCCAGUAAAGGUUCAGACGCCAGCAAGGAAAGAAAAGAAAAAAAUCAUUAAAAGAAAGAUACUGAAAGAUUUAUUCGAGGAUGUGGAUGUUGACGAAGAGUUAGAACUGCUGGUUUCGACAGGGUUAAAAAAUCGUGCGCAAACCGUCAAACUUUGUCGCUUAAUGGUUCGCGCAACCGAAGUUUCACAAAGAACUACAUUACUAAGAGUAUUGAGACGGGGUGAAUUUCCAUGUCGAAGGUUGUUUUUGGACUAUCACGGUUUACAGCUGAUUUAUGGAUGGAUGAGUGAUGCACAACAAUUGUGUUCAACCAAUGAAAAACAAGAGGCUUUAAGGCUGGGCAUCCUGCAAACAUUAGCUACGCUUCCAAUUCCCGACAAAACAAUGCUCCAAGACAGUAAGGUUCUACCUACUGUCGAAUUAUGGUCAAAAAAAUUAGUCAAUAUACCCAAAGAAUUCGAUUCCGAAAGUAAUUCACCCAUGUUAGACAAUGAGGCAGCUCCAAUAUGUGAGCCAAAAGCUGAGAUCACUAUUCAGAGUGAUCCCACAGAAACAUGGAAAAAUGAUGAGGUGAUAAAAGAAGAAGACAAGUUAGAAGAGGAUGAGAAGAUGGUGUUCAAAAGACCUGUAGACAUGUAUGAGAUAAGGAGAUCCGUAGGUAUGGAUAUAGAAAAUAUACGUUCCGAAAACCUUUGGAGAGUAGAAGAAGAUAAUGUAAAGUUGGUUCAAGAAAUAAUUGAUAUGUUCGAAGAAGAUAUGGAUAUUUCCACAAUGGUUUUUAAUUCCGAAACAAAGGUGGCUGAAGUGCAAAAAGAUCGUCCUAAGGAAGAUGAAAGAGACUAUGAGGGGGAGAUAAUUUCACUUGCUUUAGAACUACUAAAAACGUGGUCUGUUCUUAAAGAAGUUUUUAGAAUACCAAAGAAAGAACGAGUUGAAAAAAUGAAAGAACAUGAAAGAGAAGCUGAUAAAGGCUACAAAGGGGACUCCGAGCAUCAUUCUGAAAGGGAAAGGGAGAGAGAAAAAGAAAAGGAAAGGCACAGGCGCCAGAAGUUCAGGGAACAAAAGAGGAAAAGCAGAAAGAGUCAAAAACACGAAGAUUCGUAUCAUGGUAUGCAUAGUAGGAUUAAUAAACACGAAAGACGAAAGUUAUUUGCUAUGCAAGUUGAACAAGAAGAAGAGCGGAGAUAUAAACGAGAGAUAUGGAGGCAACAUGAUAUCCCAUACAUGUCUGUAGGCAACGAUUCAAUGUACUCUUCGCAAUAUGAACCUUCCAGAAACUUUCAAAUGAUAUGGAACCAACAAAACGGACAGUGGCAGAACUAUCCCGUACAUUUAAAUGCCAAUCCUAUUAUAACCUCAAACCUUACACCCGGAUUUAACAUUGGCUUAAAUUAUUCUUAUUCAAUGCCUGGGACAGUCCCAAAUAUCUCAGUGUCCCUCCCCAAUUUACCAAUGCCAUCAGUCACAAUGUCGAAUCCUAUGAUAAAUCCGCAAAUCACCAGCAUUCCCCCACCAAUGCCAGCUAUCUCCAACAUGUCCGUGCCGCCCCCUAACAUCUCGCACAUGCAACAAAACAUCCAUCGUCCAUUAAUUCCUCAUACAAUGCCAGCCAUACCGAAUGUCCCCACUCUCAAUAUACCUACAAACAUACCGCCACCGUCUCUUCCUCGAAUAAUUCCUCAAGCGACGAGCAUUUCUCUUCCAGAAAAUAUAACUUUGCAAACAAACAUUCCUCCACCGACGAAUGUUACUCCCAUAUCAAAUUUACAAUCGCAAAGCCUGUCGAUGCAGCCAACCAAUAUUCCGCCACCUAAUAUUUCACAGCACGUUUUUAAUUCGGAAAAACAGCCAGAAAAAGAGAUACAGGUAAAAUUUGCGGGACCUAUUCCCCCACCAGCUAAAUUACCACCCAAAUGGAAAUGCGCGAAAGAUAAAUAUGGUCGUCCCUACUAUUAUCACAUAAAAAUACGCAUAUCCCAGUGGGAACCACCAGAAAUUCCUCCACAUCUUGAACUGGAUGAGGAAUCUACAGAAUCGUCAUCCAGUUCAGAAACUAGCAGUCUAAGCUCGGAUUCAUCAUCGGAGGAUAGUGACGAAGACGAUUUAGAAGAGUCAAAAUUAGCGGCGAGUGUGCGUAAAAAACAUUCACUCUUGGAUUCACUCGAUAAAUGCAGUCCACAAAUUGAAUUAAGCCCGAACGACUCUUGCACUAUUACGAAUGAAGAGGAGGAGAUGCUUGAUACGAGCGUGACUUCCCUCGACGAAAGACUGCAAGAGGAGUUUAACGUGUUGAAACGUGAAUGCUCAACAAACCGAGAAUCGGCGUCCAAACGAAAACGGUUAGGUUUGGUAACCGAAGUGCAUAUAAUAAGCCCGCGCACCGAAGAGGAUAAGGUAUUGGCGAAAGAGAAUUUGAGAAAAUAUAAGGAAAAUAAAGAGAGAUUGAAACGGCAAAAAGAGACGUCGGCAGAACAAACUAAAAAGCGGGUAAAAGUUACAAUUAAGACGCCUAAAUCGUCACGUAAACACAAAACGUUGACAAAAAUCCAAUUAAAAGAAGCUAUGGAUUUAAAUUCUGAAUCUGCUAGGAAAAUUAAAGAAUCAUUUACAUCAAUUAUGGCCGGUGUCAUGGUCGGAAUAUUAAAUCCCUAUAGGAAGGCUGACUGUAAGGAGGGAAAAAUCACGAAUACAGAAGAUUUCAAACAUCUUGCUAGAAAGCUAACUCAUUUCGUAAUGAUAAAGGAAUUAAAGCACUGCCAGAAUUUAGAAGACUUAACGUGUACAGAAAGUGUGAAAUCAAAAGCAAAAGAAUUUGUAAGGAAAUAUAUGUCGAAGUUUGGAGAAUUGUAUGUAAGACCGCCAGAUGAUCUGGACUAUUAGUUAAGUGAUGUUCAAUUUGUGUCUGUGAUAGAACCUUGUAAUUGUUAACUUAUUUUACAAUUUUUGUAUAUUAUAAUUUGAAAACGA